AUGCUAGGUAGAUCAACAAUAACACCAGCAAUGCUUCUCCUAUCUGUCUCCUCUUAUACUGAUGAAUUGUCUCCUCCUGUACAGAUUAUUAUUCCUGACAGCAGCAGCAGCAGCAGCAGCAGCAGCAGCAGCAGCAGCAGCGGGGGAGGUGAUACCAACGAUACUAUUGGCGUUCUUAGAGCACAAUUCGUUGUUAAUGCCCCUAUACAUAAUAAAGGAGUGUUUAUUGAAUCCGUUGGCUUAGUGAUGGAGUUAUUAUACAUUCCUUCUGUUGGUUUACCUCCUCCUUCUUCUUGUUAUACUGCUGAUGGUACAUUUUCUAAUAUAAAGUCUUUGCUGCCAUCAGAGCAGCAACCGUCUCCUGCUGCUGCUGCUGCGCUGCUGCAAAGGGGACGCAAUAAUCAUUCCCUUAUUAAUCGUUUAUCUGUACAAAGAUAUGAAGAUAUGGUAGGGGGAGGAGACGAUCCCACUACUGGAGGAGACGAUCCCAAGACUGCUGGGAUCGAUCCCAAAAUGAAAAAAGUCGUUCCCAGAGUGGGAGGAGACGAUCCCAAAUCGGGAGGAGACGAUCCCACAGCAGGAGGAGACGAUCCCACGGAUAUAGAUUUAGUACAUAUAGUUCUUCCUCGUUAUGAUACAUUAUUACAAAAGUUAGUACAAUAUGAUUCUGCUGCUGCUGCUGCUGCAGCAUCUGCUGCUGCAUCAUCAUCAGGUCCUGCAGCAGCAGCAGCAGCAGCAGCAGUAGCAGGUAUAGGGCCAGUAUUAUUAAUAUCUAAUGUUGUCCCCUUUAUUGCUGGUCUACGUGUAGGUACAGAUAUAGCGGAGAUAUAUAUAGGUAUAAAUUUACCAUUAGAGACAGGAGACACCCCAUUAAGGGACACAUUAGUUGCUGAUUGUAAGGAGAGACAGCAACUUUUCUUCCAAUUAAGAGUCCCUGUAUUAUCUGCACGCAGUAUGCUGCUGCAGGUCUCUCAUCAGCCUUUUUCUUAUGUACCUUUUGCUGUACCUUGUGCUGUAGUUACUGCAGCAGCAGCAGCAGCAACACAGUGGCCACCACCAACCCCACCAUCUUUUGUUGAACAAACAGAUGCAUAUGCCCUCGAAUCAGCAACACUUGUUAUGGAGGGUGGCUAUGCAUAG